AUGUCGUCCACUGACAUCGAAAAGCUCGAGUCGGGCGUCAGUGAGGAUAUCACCUAUCGCUCGGUACGAGGCCGCUUCACUAACGCCAACCCGCCGCCUCCACCCACAGCUGCCCUGCCGCCUCCGUCUAAUGGCGCUGCUUUGGGUCUCUUCUCCUUCGGUGCUUCGUGUAUUACCCUGUCUUUAUACAAUGCUCGGGCCAGCGGAGUCACCGUACCCAACGUAGUAGUCGGCAUGGCUCUAUUCGUUGGCGGUGUAUCCCAGUUUACCGGUGGGAUUGUCGAAUUUUGUCGCAGGAGCACGUUCACCGGAUCAGUUUUCUGCAUCUAUGGAAAUUUCUGGCUGUCGUAUGCAGCCGUCCUGCUUCCCGGAACUGGCAUUUCGGCUGCAUAUGACGGCAACGCCGACAUGCUUGGCGAUGCCCUCGGUAUCUACCUCGUCAUUUGGACCAUCAUCAGCUUCAUGUUCUGGAUUGUUGCGCUCCGAAAAACCGUGGCUUUGGUUCUGUUGUUAAGUAUCCUUAUUGCAACCUUCACCCUGCUCUCUAUAGCCCAGUUUACUGGAAGUUCAGCUGUUGCACAGGCGGGAGGUAUUGUCGGUGUCGUCACAGGCUUUGGUGCUUGGUAUGUUGGUCUUGGGGAGCUACUCGCUGCGGACCCCUUCCCACCUUUCCUCUUGCCUCAGGGCGUUUUCAAGCAUUAG